AUGGCGGAAACACAAGAUGAGAGAUCUCCUCUCUUACCAGAUAAAAAAGAGACAAUCACACCUUUACCGAAAUUACAACUUUCUCUCAUUUGUUUCCUUCGUGUGACUGAACCUAUCGCUUUCGUAGUAUGUUUCCCAUUCGUCAACCAGAUGUUGUUGGAUUUGGGAGUAGUGUCGGAUCCUAAGAAAGCUGGGUUUUACGCUGGUCUGAUCGAAUCUCUCUUCUCUGUCGCUCAGUUGUUGACGGUGUAUCAUUGGGGAAGAAUGAGCGAUAGUAUAGGACGUAAACCCGUGGUCAUCAUUGGUUGUUUAGGUGCUACUGUCUCCGGAAUCGCUUUCGGUUUCAGUCGAUCUUUCGUAGCUAUGAUAGCAACACGUACUUUUGCAGGGUUAGCGAAUGGUAAUGUUGUCAUUGUCAAAAGCAUGUUAGCAGAAAUAACAGACGAUACCAAUAAAUCUAGAGCUUUCGGAUACUUCCCACUUUGUUAUUCAUUAGGAACCAUCAUAGCAUCUUUCAUCGGUGGAACUCUUUCCAAUCUCGGUAUUAAAAACCCUUCAAUGGGUAAAUCAUAUCCAUGGAUUCUCACUUUCCCAUAUCUUAUUCCAUGUAUAAUCGCAAGUUUAUUCCCACUCCUAAGUGGUAUCCUAUCAUUCUUCCUCUUAAACGAAACACUUCCAAAAGAAACGAAGAUCAAACCCAUCUCGGAUCCUUCUAUUUCGAUACGACAAGAAGAACAUCAUGCUUCAGCAAGUGAAUUAAUCAAAAGAUCAGAAGUUAGAAUGAUGUUAUUUAAUUUCGGUUUAUUAGCAUUACAAGCCACUGCUUUAGUUGGACUUUUACCUUUAUAUUGUUUUACACCAAUUUUCGAUGGUGGUUUAGGUUUUAAUGAAACUGGAAUAGGAGAAGCUUUAUCUAUAAGAGCCAUAUGUACUGUUUUCGUACAGAUUUUCACUUUUCCUUGGUUACAGAGGAAAAUAGGAACGAUAAGAUUAUAUAAAAUCUUAUCAACAAUGUACAUUCCUUGUUUCCUCAUGUUACCUAUACUUAAUAUACUAGCUAGACUUGAUCAAGGUGUUUUAGUUUGGAUAGGUUUAUUCGUUUCUUUAUUAUUAGGUUCAAUUGCCAAUAUGGCUUUUUCUUGUAAUUUAAUCAUGGUGAAUGAUUUAGCACCUAAUAGACAUAGUUUAGGAGCUAUAAAUGGUUUAGCACAAGUUGUAGCAUCCGCUAUGAGGGCAGUUGGACCAGGAGCAGCUUCAACUUUAUUUGCUCUCUCUGUCGAUCGUCAUGCUUUAGGUGGGAAUUUGAUAUGGGCGGUAUUAUCAUUUGUGGCCGUUUUGGGAGCUAUCGCUUCUUUGGGAUUAUGA